AUGCCAGUGCAAGACGCGUUGGUUGAGGCAGCCUUGCGGGCACACGACACGCUGACUGCCAACAUGCGCGCUGACGCAUUUGCGGAAGCCGAAAAAUGGCUGCACCUUGACCUAUGCAUUGCCGCUCGCGCAUUCAAGGUUGUGGAGAUUGCGGAUGGCGUGACCACCGCUGAUCCCACCCGGACACAGCGGUUUGCGCUGCAUCCCAAGGUCGACACUCUUCGUGCCUCCACGUCGCUACAGCGCAAGGUGUUUGCGAGUGUUGAGAAGCGGUUUUCCACCAGCGCUGGCGGUGGCGACAAUGGGGACGACAGGACGGUGUCUUCCCUCAAGGAACUGCUGCCUGCAAGCACGUACCAGGCACAGCUGCAGCGGCGGGUGGACCUUGUUCUCGCUGCGUUCCAAGACGAUAUCAAGCACACGUUGACGUUGUUUGUGCCGACACAACAACGGGCGUCUGGGACUGGCAUCGCAUUCACAGACGUGGAGCUCGCACGACUGCGCACCCGUCUGCAAACCAGUGGUGUGUCGUCGCUCCUGCUGUUGAUUUCUUUGGGCAAAGGACUUCUCUCCCCGGAAUACGUGCGCCUGAAGCUUGCACUGCAAACCGUCUCGCUGUAUGAGCCCACACAGCACUACAACGCAGCCAGGGCCAGCCUGCUUGUGCCCACCUUCAAUGAGGCUGCCAGAUUUGUUCGCCGCACCGUGGGUGCAACCCUGCACAUCUCCGUCUCCUUUGCGGAAGAGGCGCUUGGAUGGGGGAUUGUCACGAGUCUUGUGCAGCGGCCUGAUAGCCAGGCGACGGUGUGCGUUGACCGCUCAACGUCGUCUGUGUUCCUGCUGCUUCGCGGGCGUCCACCACGCGACGUGUUUGUGAACGGAAUGCGUGUGCGUGUGCGUCUGUCUGCGCGACCAACACUGCUCAAGCAACUGCGCAUCAAGCACAAGCCGCCGCGCCAGCAACGUCUCGAAGGCAAGGGUGCAAGUGAUGGUGAUGAUGAUGGUGAUGAUGGCGGUGGCGAUGAUGACAACGGUGGCGACACACAGGGGGUAGAGCACAACAUCUCCUCAUCAUCAAUGCUGACGACGGCUGCGCUUCACGCGCAAAUCCUUCGUGCUCUCGGCACAUUCACGUCGCAGCUGAAGGCGGUUGCAACGCAUCAGCACGAUACUGUGCGUCUCGGGCUGUCAUUUGUGCAUUCGCUCGUCAAGCAGCUGCAGUCUGAGCCACUCAACAUGGAUGAACUGACGACGCUUGCGCCUGCAAGCCGCAUGGGGGUUGUUGCUGAUCGCAAGCGGUUCCUGACACAUCUACAGCAACUUCUCAACACAAUUCAGUUCUGCUGCGACGCCGCCCUCGACCAGACACACACGCCUGCAGAGAUACACACGUGGCUUGUCAAGGCCUCUGAGAUGAAGUACGGUGCGCGCGCGCUGAAGCGGUCAAACAUCGCGUCCAUAUCUGUGCGCGACAUUGUGACAAAUCUCCACCACCGCACAUCCAGGGUUGCCGCCAUCACCGCGGCAGACACAGCAACAAGUGCCAGCCGAGACGUGUCACUGCACAGCAAGCUGUCGUGGCUCCAGCACCUGCAGCACAUGGCACGCCACGCUGCCGAGCUCAGUGCACGGAUCACGCCACGUGGGCGAACUCGUCAUCGCAUUCCCUUUACAACUGCGCAGCUGCUGUAUGUUGCGGGCGUCACCGGUGCGCUCGUCCGCGUGCAGGGCAGCGAGGCCGCAAACGUCGAUCCAUGGGCGAUCAAGGUGAUGGCGGUGUCGUGUGAUUUCUCCGAUUCGGCGAGCGCAAUGUGUGCACUCGACAGCAAUGUUCCGCUGCAUGGGCGGCGCCGAGGAGCGACGAGCAAUCAGGAUCAUGAUGAUGAUGAUGGUGAUGAUGAUGAUGGUGAUAGGAACGAGGUAUUCAACGGCGUACUGCCGCUGUGCCCGCCAGAGGCUGCGUCCAUUGCUCACGGCAUUGUGGCCUCGAAGCUUAUGCGCGCGUACCAUGCUGUGCUGGUGACGCGUAACCCAAGCCUCGUUGUGGGCCAGCAGCGCAUCGCUCUUCUCGCCAUCGCCCUCGCACAGGCACUCCGCCAAACCAUGCAGCCACAGCACAGAACGCCUGCCAUGGUGGUAGUGCUUGCACGCAUUGCGCACGACUUAUGCCUGGAGAUCCAGCGACGUGGUGAGUGCGCCCACUGGCGCGGAAUUGUGCGCAAGCUCAUGCAACCGAUGCCUGGCCGGUUUCUGACGGAGGCUGAGGGGGAUGACAUUGGGAGCGUUGCCAAGGUUGUCGCUGCCGUCACCAUCAUGCUGCGCGAUGUUGUGCGCGAGGGGAUUGCAACGCCAACAGACACAGCGGCGAAGAGCACACGUGUGGACGACGCUGCCCUCGCUGUGUUGGCGGAAAGCGUUUCCCGCGGUGUCCGGAUCUUUGUCAAGCAGAAGGCGUUCCAAGAGAAGCGAAAGAUGGCGUACGAAGACCUACAGCACCGGCUGUUGCAGCACACCCUCAACAUCGAUCCCGACGAUCACGUGCACGCGCGACUGGACGACGAGCCGGAGCCGCAUGGCGUCCAACACGAUGCGAGCUUUGAUAUGGAAAAGGCCAAACUCCGCAGCGGCAAGUUCUUCCGGCAGCGCUGGACAAAUUGUCCACCACAGGCGGUUGUGGCCGCGUUUGGGUUUGUCAACGUCCUUCUCCGCACGCUGCACAAGCACAGCCGCGGCGUCACUGUUGGCGAUGAUCACAACAGCCGCCCUGCCGGGAGCGGUGGUGAUGGUGGUGGUGGUGGUCAGUCGAUGCCUUUGGCAGCAGAGCUUGCGGCGUUUGCAUGGCUGGCAAACGAGAGCGACGCGUCAGCGGCUGCGGCGCGGAGCGAAAUUGCGCAGGCCAUGGCGACUGUGACGAUGGCGUCAUUUGCACACAAGUACACCCAUGACGAGUGUGACCAUUGGGACCUGCAAGUUGCACUCUUUGUGCAGGCGUUGCAGCGCCACUCCAGCAAGACCCGCCGAAAUGGUCUGCCGAGUCUGCGUGACUCGCGUGCAAUCAUUCAGCGCGCAGCUGCCAGCGUCCGUCAAUACAACUACAAGCGGGAGGUUGCGGCCAAGAUCCAGCGCCUGCGCAUUGCGUUCCUCCAAGGCAACGCCGCCGCUAAAUUCCAGCUGAAGCUGCAGGAGCAGGACGAGUUCUUGCAGACGCAUGACGGCGUUGCUCGCAUGUUCACGCCCACGGAGGUUGCCGAAUUCAACGCGACGCGCGCUGCUGACGACCAGAUUGAGCUCACGAGCUCUGGACUGCCGAGGCACCACUGCGCCUUCCCCAAGUGGUUCAUCAAGAUUCAAUCAUCGUCAAUUCACGAGUGCCCUGGUGCGUGCUCACCGCUGGCACUGCAGUGUCCCCAAUAUCUGGUCAACCUGUCGACGGACCGUGAUCGCGCGCUCGGGCUGCGUCAAGGUGUGUGCAUUGUGUGUGACAUAGGACACAGAUGA